AUGAAGAAUGUUGGAUGUUUUCCUGAUGUAGUAACAUAUAAUACACUGAUCAAUUAUUUUUGUCGAUCUGGAAGGAUGGUAUUAGCAUUUAAGAAUCUGCAUGAGAUGAAGAAAAGUGGCUUGAAGCCCAAUGCUGUUACUUAUAACACAUUUAUCAAUGUUUUUGCAAAGAAGGGAUGUUACAAGAAGCUAUCAAAUUCUUGGACGAGCCAAAAUGAAACAGUGGCUGCAAAGGAACUCGAAUCAGACAGCAACUCGGAUGGAACCUCAAAUGAACUUCGACCAGACCUCGAGACUCGUUGGACUCUCGCCAGAUUCAACUCGAUUGAGCUUGGAUGA